AAUUCUAUCUUUGAACAAAACUUCAACAUGAGUGACUGGCUAUCAGGAAAUAACACCUCCUCAGAGGGCAAAAGUUACGGUAGAGGUCGAGGAUUUGGUUCAUCGGAAUCCAAAAAUCCCGGCACAAAUGGCGGCUCUGGAGAUUGGGGUACCGGUACUGGUACCGGUACCAAUGGCACCGAGCAAACAAAUGGAAGCAACGGCGCUGAUGAGUGGAUAAACGGCGGAAACAAUGACACUGCUGGCAGUGAAUGGUUGUCCUCUAAUGACAACUACUCUGGGUCCAAUGGCUACUCUAACGACAAUACCGAUAACGACGGUGAGGGUGGUCGAGGACGAGGUCGCGGACGCGGAAGAGGUCGUGGUCGAGGUCGCGGUCGCGGUGGAGACAGAGACGGUCGAAGAGACCGCGGAGAUUUCAACCAAGACUCUGACUACACUGGAGGCGGCGGCGGCAGAGGCCGCAACCGCGAUCGCGAUGGCGAAGGGGGUGAUGAUGGUGGCGAUAACGACGGAUUGGGACCCGAUGGUGAGGAGAAAAAAGCUCCUAUCACUUACGUGCCGCCUGAGCGAAGCAUGGACGAUGAAGAAAUAUUUGGGACCAAUGUCACUGCUGGAAUUAAUUUUGAUAAAUAUGAUGACAUUGAGUGCAAGGUAACCGGUGAAAAUGUUCCACCACCAAUCACAGCCUUCAACACUUUGAAAUUGCGCGACGCCUUGAUGAUCAACAUCAAAAAAUCAAACUACACUAAACCAACCCCGGUUCAAAAGCACGCGAUCCCAAUAAUUCUUCAAGGACGCGAUUUGAUGGCAUGUGCUCAAACUGGUAGUGGAAAAACCGCGGCUUACUUGAUUCCGAUAGUCCACCGAUUGCUAGAAAAUAACAACGAACUUAAGCUUACGGAGAGAGGAUGUGAGCCUCAAGUUAUUGUGAUGGCUCCUACUAGAGAAUUAGUACUUCAGAUAUCCUGGGAAGCUGAGAAAUUCGCCAAGGACACUAUUCUCAAGACAGUAGCUUGCUAUGGAGGUGUUAAACCUAUGCACCAGGCUGAUCAAGUGCGUCGUGGUGCUCACAUUAUUGUUGCUACUCCCGGACGAUUGAAUGAUUUUGUCAAGGGUGGAAGAAUUAGUUUUGGCAGUAUCAAAUUUAUGGUUCUUGAUGAGGCUGAUCGUAUGCUUGAUUCAGGAUUUAGAUCAUCAAUGGAAGAAAUCUUAGAACACGAACAAAUGCCACCGAAAGAUUCUCGAGUAACAUUAAUGUUCAGUGCAACCUUCAGCGGCGAGGUUCAAGAAUUAGCCCGUAAAUUCCUGAACAACUACCUCUUCUUGACAGUCGGAAUCGUCGGAGGAGCCAACAGUGAUGUCGAGCAAAUUUUCUAUGAAGUUACUAAAAAGGACAAACGCAACAAAUUGAAAGAACUUCUGGAGCGCGACGGAGGUCAAAGUCUCAAAGUCAAGACAAUUAUCUUCGUCGAGACGAAAAAAACUGCUGACUUUAUCGCUGCUUACAUGAGCGACAAUUUGUUCCCAGCAACUAGCAUUCACGGAGACAGAGAACAACGCGAACGUGAAACAGCUUUAGCUGAUUUUCGUAGUGGAAAAAUGCCUAUUUUAGUUGCUACUUCUGUCGCAGCUCGAGGAUUGGAUAUUAAAAAUGUUGCUCAUGUUAUUAAUUACGAUCUUCCUAAGUGCAUCGAUGAUUACGUUCAUCGAAUUGGUAGAACUGGACGAGUUGGAAAUCGCGGAAAAGCGACGAGCUUUUACACACCGGAGAACGACGAUAAAUUGGUGGCUGAUCUUAUCAAGGUUCUUACUCAGGCUGGUCAAGAAAUUCCUGAGUUCUUUGACGCUGGUGGUGGAUUCAAUGCUGGAGAAUCUAGCAGCUUUGGUGGUUACGACAUUAGAGAUAACUACAAUCAGCCGGCUGACACUGAAACGAACGAAGGAUGGUAAAAUAUCUCUCAGCCAGUAGCUUGCAUCUUUUUGCUUAACUUUACUCUUAUUAUUUUUAAUAUCAUAAUCACAAUCAUAAUUAUAGUUAUGAUAUUCAAUUUAUAGUUCUUAUAUCUUAAUUUUACGUUUUUUUUUUAAUCGGAUGAUUUUUUUCCCGAUUGUUUCAAUAGUUAAAUUUAAUUUUUCUACUUUUCUAAUUAAUAUUAUUAUUAUUAUUUAAAUAAUAUAAAAAAAAAUGAAUCAUGACUCAAUAAUAACUCUUGUCACAUUGUUCAAUUUUUCUUGAACUUAAACUAUAAAAUUUAAUCGAUAAUUGAUAUUUAAUAAAAUAUCAAACAUUCAUUAUUAUUAAAUAUUAUUAAUAAUAAUUGACAUUAAAAAAUGAGGACAUGACUUGUAUGACUUUAAUAUGCUUAAAAAUUUCUAAUGAAUAAAUAAUU